AUGAGUGUCACUUUUGAGGUUUAUCGAGGCUCCACCGAGGGGAAAAUCGUCCCUAACAAGACCACACGUAUCCUUGAGCCCAAUGAGGUGUUCAUUGAGAUGACCCACGCAGGCCUUUGCGGUUCUGAUGAGGUCUUUCUUACCACUGGACAGGCAUUGGGCCAUGAAGGCAUCGGGGUUGUCCAGAAGAUUGGGUCCGACGUACAAGACGUCAAAAUUGGAGAUCGGGUUGGUUUCGGUUUCACACAUUUCUUUUGUGGGAAUUGCCGAUGGUGCUCUACAGGGUUGGAUCAGCACUGCGAGAAGAAAAGGUGGUACGGUUGGCAUGAUCUCGACAUUGGCGCCUUUGGAGAAGGGUUUGUCAUGGAUGCCGGCUCUGUGAUUCCCAUUCCAGAUGGCUAUGAUUCUGCAGAUGCUGCUCCUCUUAUGUGUGCUGGGGCCACUGUCUGGACGGUGCUGACGGAGUACGAUGUCCGACCUACGGACCGUGUUGGUAUUAUGGGUGUCGGAGGUCUAGGACACCUGGGGAUCAAACUCGCAGCAGCAAUGGGGUGCCACGUUGUUGUUCUGUCCAGGUCCGAAGCCAAAAGGGAUGAGGCAUACAAAUUUGGUGCUUCUGAAUAUCAUGUUUUUGCGCCUGGUCAGGAAUUAGAAGACUUCGAGCCUCUCGAUCAUCUACUGCUCUGUGGAAACCAUGAAGUGGACAUGCCAUCUAUCAUUCCUCUCAUGAAUGUUCAUGGAUCGAUAUACCUUCUAACCGUGCAGUUCACUCCGCUUACAAUCCCAUCUAUCCCACUUGUACAAAACGGCAUUCGGAUCCAGGGAUCGCUGGUUGCUUCGAGACAAGGCCUUCGCAGCCUGGUCAAGUUUGCCGCCGAGAAGAAGAUCACACCGACGACAAUGAAAUUCCCACUGACCCGUGAUGGUGUUGAAGCCGCAAUGCAGACUCUGCGUGAGGGCAGGAUGAGAUAUCGUGCUGUUCUGGUUCGUGAUCCACGGGUGGCUCGCAAUGGUUUUUAA